AUGUAAUACGUUCCAUUAACAACUCAUUUGAAUGCUCUUGCUUCACUCUAUUAAUAAUGUGCUACCUUAUCUGAAAAACAUGAUCGAUUAGCUAAAGGAAUGGACAUUUUCAAUACAGAUGUUAAUCAAAUAACGAUUGCACCUAUGAUUGAUUAAGAAAGAAUUAUCCAAUAUUAAAACUCUGAAGCUUUCUAGGUUUUAGAUUUAGCUUCCUAGAAACCUAAUUCUCCAUAAUCAAGUUAAAAGACACCUGUUGAAAUUGAGUAAUCAAUUAUUUAUUAAGGUUUAGUUUAAUAACUGACUAAGAGGUUCUAAUUGAACAAGGAACUAAACCAAUAUCAGGUGAAACUAAAAAAAUUAAAAAACCUAAAUUAAAUUUGGAUUGCUCUAAAUCACUAUAAUGUCCAUAAUGCAAAAAAUUAGUCAAAAAUUCUGCAGGCUUAAAAAGACAUAUAUCAAGAAUGCAUUCUGAUAAACCUUUAAAAAAUUUGACUAAAAAAAUGGGAAAUCAAAAACAAAAAGGAAUUUAGAUUCUAAAUUGA